CACAAAGGGGAGUUUUGGCAAAGUGGCCACUGGGUGCAAAGUGGCUUACAUCAAAAUUUCCUACAUGCUACUGACAUCUAUGAGUGCUCCUAUGUACAGCCCUUCCUCUCUGGAUGUACAAUCAAUCAGUCGAGUUGGAACUGCUCUCAAGCACGCACGCGGUUUUAUAUAAAUUGUCGCAAUGGUGCGUAACUAUACGGAAGAGCCAGCAGCACUCUUGGUCAGAGGAACGUAUGGCAGCAGCAAUACAAGACGUUAUACACGGGAUACUUUCCGCAAAAAAGGCAGCAGCACAAUACCACGUUCCUUUAACAACACUUCGGAGACGAUUAAGUUCUACCAACGAACCCAAUGCAGCAGCUAGAAAAUUGUUAGGUCGAUUUAGACCGGUUUUUUUUUGGCAGAACAAGAGAAGGAGCUGGCCGAUUAUAUCUUAGAGAUGGAAAGUAGGCUUUUUGGUCUUGGCACGAGGGAGUUAAGGCACCUGCCUUCCAAUUUGCGGAAAAAAAAACAUAUUGCACACAUCUUUAAUGCAGCUAAAGGACUUGCAGGGCGUGAUUGGAUCUAUGGAUUUCUAAAAAGAAAUCAAUAUAUUUCUUUGAGGCUUCCAGAAUACACCUCGGCAGCUAGGGCUUCAUCAUUUAAUAAAUACAACGUUAAUUCAUUUUCUACUCUAUUGGGAGAAAUGCUCCAAAAAUACAAAUUCCCAGCCAGUAGAAUUUUCAGCUGCGACGAAACGGGUAUCUCUACGGUACCAAAUAGGCACUCAAGAAUAUUCUCCAUGAAAGGAAAAAAACAGGUGGGCAGUCUUUCUUCCGCUAAAAGAGGCACUCCAACAACUGCCGAAAUUUGUUUCAACGCCACUCGAUUUUACAUCCCUCCCCUCCUGAUCUUUCCAAGAGUUAGAAAAUGUCCACCACUCGAGCAAGCACUUCCUCCAGAAUCAAUCGUGGAUAUCAUCCAUCAGGGUGGAUGCAAAGUGAAAUAUUUUCAGAGGCUUGGUUUGAACACUUUCUAAACUAUUCCAAACCUACCGAGACUGAUCCUGUUUUACUAGUCUUAGACGGGCAUGCCACCCACACAAAGAAUCUAUCGUUUUUCGAGAAAGCAAG